CUGCGCCCUAUGGUCGUGUGUUGUCCCAGAACUAGUUAGAAAUGACUCUGUUGAAUCUGUUGACAUUUUGGAGGGUUUCGAAAUCGUUUGCAUUCUGGUCUCAUGCCACGGAUGUGCUGGGGCCUGGGUCCCAGGAAAGAGAAUUGCCCAUAUUUCAAACCAAAUAUUUUCGUCACGGCAUCUGUCUGGUAUCACAAGGCGACAUAUCAAUUGCCAUUGUGCCUGAUCGAUACUCUCACAUUGUUCUGGUUCGGUACGACUGAGGGGUUGGC